ACGAUAGAAAAUGGAAAUGCGACUAUAAAACAACGAGAACUUGGUAGGAGUCCCUAAUAAGACACUUGAGCGCUUGCCCAUUAAAGCACUCGCUCUUCUCGUGCUCAUUCUCUCUCUCUCUCUCUCUCUCUCUCUCUCUCUUUGUGUGUGCGUGUUCUUUCUUCUUGGCGAACCACAAGCCAUGGCCUCUAUUGCAGGAGCUUCAAUCUCCAUAACCUCUUUCUCAAGCUCUCUUAAGCUUACCACCCAGACAUCAAGCAUUGGUAUCUCUAGUCUGAGAUCAGUUUCACUUCCCAUUAGCGGGAGAAGCUUCCCCUCUCUUAGAUUGAGAAAGGGUGCAUCUCGUUUCCGUGUUUCCUGUGCGGCCAAACCAGAGACAUUGGACAAAGUGUGUGAAAUUGUGAGGAACCAGUUGGCACUAGCACCUGACGCUGUUGUCAAUGGAGAGUCAAAGUUUGUUGCACUAGGAGCUGAUUCUCUCGACACGGUUGAGAUUGUAAUGGGACUUGAGGAGGAAUUUGGAAUCAGUGUGGAAGAAGAAACAGCCCAGAGUAUUGUCAGUGUUCAAGAUGCGGCAGAUCUGAUUGAGAAGCUUCUUGAGAAAAAAUAGAAUUGCUUAAAAUGGCAUGAAAGACUUAAAGACAUGCUGCUCAAGAGAAUCAAAUGAUAUGAAGUUUAGUUCUUUAUAUAUCUUAAUGUUGUGUUUUUUUUGGCAUGCUGCUCAAGAGAAUCAAAUAUAAAAUAACUCACCGAGGGUUUUGUUCAAUUUCGUUUUAUUCUAUCUGCUGCUUAGGGAGAACAGGUAUGUCAGGCCUCAGUGUUAUAUUAGUUAUCAGUUUCAAUAUAUCAUCAGUGUGUGAUUUUACAAAA